AUGCAAUCCCGCUCUGAUGAUGUCCGUCACAAGGGUACAGACGACAGCUUGGCACAGUUUCAUCCGCGUCACAGGACCAUGAGCACAAUGCAACAGUCCUCCCUACGCGACAAUCCUCCUUCGGUUUCCGGUGAGACCACGUCACGAAUUGCUUCCAACCAACUAUCCCAUCGAAAUGGAGAGUUAUAUACCACUGCCCUCAUAAUGUUCGGCACGCGACGGACGAAAGCUCAGCAGGGAUUCAUCGGAGUCGCUUGA